CUAUCAAUACAAAAUCUCUGCAUUCUGCCAGGACUGUCAAAUACACAAUAUAUUGAUGUUGCCCCAUGCUUUGGGUUGACUUUCUCUUAUUCACAAAUGGUAUAUUUUGCAGACACUGUUUGCAGAUGUGUAGUUGGACAUUGUGCAGUUUCAUGUUGACCUUUUGUUCCACUCAAAGGAAUGACUGGCUAAUUGGCUGUGUUUUAGUUUAGAGAAGAAAUUGUGCUUGCUUGCAUACUCCAUCUUCUCUUUACUUUGUUAUUUAAACAGGCAGAGCUGCUGUAGUUUUGAAAGGGCCUUCAGGAAAGUCCUCUCCAGUGGGUCCCAGUCUGCAUUGUUACACCUCUGGCCAGGGCUUAUCUUGCAGCAACAACAGUGAGCGACCCUUUUAAGUCCGGCAAGAACCCUAGUGUACCAUUGCUCUGAGGCAUAGUAGGAAAUUAAGAAGGCUGUCAGCCACUGCUAAGGAAGCCUGUAGCUGAGUGAAAAGGCAUCCAGACUAAUGGACCCUGCCAGGUGGCUGGGAUCCAAGAAACUGCCCCAAAGUGCCAGGUGCUGUCAAUGAAGCUGAACGGAUACCUCUUAAGCUUUAUUUCCAGAAGAACCUAUUCAAUCAAGUGCAUGGAACAUGGCCAAAGCAAAGAUUGCAGUCAUUGGUGCAGGGCUCAUUGGCCUCUCUACUGCUGUUUGCAUUUCGGAAUCUGUCUCAGACUGCAGCGUGACUGUCAUUGCUGACAGGUUUACCCCCAAUACAACAAGUGAUGUAGCUGCUGGGAUGCUCAUUCCUCAUAUUUACCCAGACACACCGGUUCAUCAACAGAAGCAGUGGUUUAAGGAGACCUUUGACUACCUGUCAGUAAUCUGUAAUUCCUCAGAAGCUUCAGAGGCUGGGAUUCAUUUGGUCUCUGGCUGGCAGAUCUUUAAAACCAUUCCUGAAGAGAAGCCUCCAUUCUGGUCUGAUGUGGUUCUGGGGUUUCGCUCGAUGACUGAACAGGAAAUGAAGAAAUUUCCGCAGCACAAAUGUGGUCAGGCCUUUACUACACUGAAGUGUGACUGCCCACCCUAUUUGCUUUGGCUGGAGAAAAGGCUGAAAAGAAAUGGGGGCCAGGUGCAUGCUAGAAAAAUCGAAGACCUAUGGGAGCUGCGGAGUGACUAUGACAUCAUAGUGAAUUGCUCUGGCAUUGGCUCCAGGAAGCUCGUGGGUGACCUCGAGAUACACCCCGUCAGAGGUCAGCUUCUCAAGGUCAAGGCCCCUUGGGUAACACAUUUCAUUCGGGAUGGCGAUGGAUUAACCUACAUCUACCCAGGGAUGCACAACAUAACGUUAGGUGGGACACGGCAAAAAGGCAACUGGAAGCUGUCUCCAGAUCCCAGUACCAGCAAAGACAUAUUUGGCCGAUGUUGUGCUCUUGAGCCAUCCCUCCAGGCAGCUCAGGAUAUAAAGGCGAGGGUGGGCCUGAGGCCAUCCAGGUCAGCCGUGAGAGUCCAGAAAGAGAUACUGGUUCAAGGCAGUGGAAAGCUUCUGGUGGUGCACAAUUACGGACAUGGGGGCGGUGGAUUUUCUGUGCACCAGGGUACAGCUAAGGAAGCAACCCAGCUGGUUAAAGAGUGCAUUGCAGCCCUUGAAAUGUCAAGGCGUAAGGCAAAACUGUAGCCUGUAAGGUGAACGUUCAUAUUCUCAUUUCUCUCUCUCUCUCAGUAAUUACUGAUAUAAAUUGGAUUAGUGUGUUAGUUCUGAAAUCCAGUCAGGAAAAAUGCCAUUGGGUUGAUUUACAGAGGCGUCUCUCUCUUGACAGCUGAGCACUUGAUGGCCAGCAGGGGAAUGUGAGAACUGGCUGAAAGGUGAUGGGAGGAGAGGUUCUGUCUGCAGUGUUUAAUCUGUAAUGCAGUUGAAUACAAAAUAUUAUUGAGUCCCGAACCAUUGCAAAAAUUUCUGUUGUUCAGCUCCAAUUCACCAGCAGAGGGCAGCAUUGGAUCAGUCACUUAUUUGAGCCCUAUUCAAGUUGCUUGGGAAUGGGGGCUGCUUUGCAGGGUAUCACUGUCUUUAAAAACCAGGGAUGGCUUGGAUGGUUCAGAAGCUACAGCACUGUGGCAUUCCAGGAGUCUCCUACAAGGCCCUCAGUUGGUCCAGGCCAGGCUUCCCCUAAUAUUUCCCAGAGCAACCUGCUGUCACCACCUACUCCUUUACAUAGAGGACUCAGAUUUUCCCUUUAUUGCCUGCAAUUCAAAAUCAGUAUGUGGAGUGAGAUCUGCUAACUUGGAAUCCCCCAGACCAGAAUACAUUCAUAAAUUUAAAAUUGGUGUAUAAUUUUGGAUGGAAAUCCAUCUAACCAAGUGGAGUUUUAAUAUAGAAUAACAAAGAAUUAUCCUGUCAUAACCUGGCAUGCUUGUCUCUUCUCUUCAGCAGCUCUAGCACCACUCUGUCUCAGCUCACUGCUGUCCCUAACAUUCUGCUAAUUCCUCUUCUGCGUCAUUCUCCACUCUCCAAUGAUCUCUAUCAGUUGACUCCGCCUGUCACUCACUCUGACUCCACCCAGCACCCCAUACCAGUCCCCUGCUGCCAAUCAUUCUUCCGCUCAUUCUUCUCUUCUGAACAUCAUCUUAAUAAAGGAUUUCCUCUGCAGAAGCCAACAUACUGGUAAGAAGCACAGGGAGCAAGCCCCAGGUGGGUUAUUCAGCGCAUACUUUGCUGAAAUGAAGACCAGCCUCCCAUUUAUUUCAGUGGGGCUUGUGGAUAAA